AUGAAGUGGACAAUACUCUUGAUUCUAUCAUUAUGGCGAGGCGUCUACCACGUCCAAGCAGCGGCCGUGUUCGCCCACUUCAUGGUAUACAACUCAGAGAACUUCACAGUAUACGACUGGGAAAUCAACAUUGCCGAAGCGCAAAAGGCACACAUCGACGCCUUUGCCCUAAACAUCGCAUACAACUUCCCAACAAACAACCGCUCGCUAGCAAACGCAUUCACCGCCGCAAACACCCUAGACUUCCAACUCCUUUUCUCAUUUGACUACGUAGGCAACGGCGCCUGGCCAGAAGGCGAGGUGAUCGGUCUACUCCGAAAAUACGGAAACAACAAAGCCUACUACCAACACAAGGGCAAACCCUUCGUCUCAACCUUCGAAGGGUCCUCCAAUGCCACAGACUGGGGCACCAUCAAAAAGUACACAGACUGCUUCUUCGUCCCUGGGUGGUCCGCCCUAGGCGCGAAGGAAGCCCUCGCCGUAGCCCCAGGCGUCCCAGAUGGACUAUUCUCCUGGGCUGCCUGGCCAGAAGGCCCAGACCCGAUAAACACAUAUGUAGACUCAACAUACAUGCAAUGGCUCAAGGAUACAGGCGACCUGCCGUAUAUGAUGCCCGUCUCGCCGUGGUUCUACACGAACCUCCCGGGAUACGGAAAGAACUGGGUCUGGAAUGGAGAUAACCUAUGGUACGACAGGUGGCAGCAGGUUUUAUCUCUGAAGCCAGAGUUUGUGGAGAUCAUCUCGUGGAACGACUACGGUGAAUCGCACUAUAUCGGCCCGCUACAUGAGGGUGCAUAUGCGACCUUCGACAUCGGUGAUGCGAGCUACAACUAUGCUGCCGGUCACCCCCACGACGGCUGGCGUGAUUUCUUGCCUUUCAUUAUAGAUGUCUACAAGGGUGCCAGGGCGAAUGUUACUACCGAGGGCGUCACUGCUUGGUUCCGUCAGGCGCCUGGGAAUGCUUGUAAGGAUGGUGGAACUACGGGCAACACAAAAACGCAUGGUCAGAAGGAGUUCCCGCCUACGGAUGUCUUGCAAGACGAGGUGUUCUACUCUGCGCUUUUGAGGACUUCCCAGGAUGUGGAAGUGUCGGUUGAUAUUGGGGGGACUGUGCAGGAAGGGAAGUGGAAGAAUAAACCACACGGGCCUAUCGGUCUUUAUCAUGGCAGCGUGCCGUUCGAUGGUAAUACUGGGCAGGUUGUGGUGACCGUGUCUCGUCGGGGAGAGACAAUUGCUGAGAUGAGGGGUGCUUCUAUCUCUGACUCCUGUCUGGAUGAUGUCCAGAACUGGAAUGCCUGGGUUGGUACCGACUUUGCCAAUAAUACGGUUUCACGCCAUCCGCCGCCUUCUCCGACUCCACCUGCAGAUUCUCCGGAUGCAGUUUCUGUUUCUGCAGCUUCGGCUCUUUUGGUGUUGGGGAGGAUUCCGUUUGUGAUUGUGUUUGUGGCUUUGGUUGCUACUAUAGUGGCUGCGACAGCGAUGCCGGUUCAGCAUGAGAGUUUGGCUUUGACUGUGCCGAGCUCGGAAGUUUCUCCAUCGGUAUCUAGUGCUUGUUGCGACGGUCCUAGAAGCCUAUAUAGCUAUGGCACUAGCUAUGGUUUAUACCCAAUCAACGACUACAGUUGCACAGUGACAACAGAUGGUCCAGCUACGCCUUUCAUUUCAACUGGUGCCACAGCUUUCGCAUACGACACAUCUUGGAAUUUGGACUGGUCUUGA